AAUGUUGUCUAUACUGGGCUACUUUCUCUCUUUUUCCAUCUUCCUAUCAUCCACUAUUCAAGCUACUUCAAAUGAUUUAGAAGUUCAGGCUAUAGUUAAAAUUGCAACUGAAGAGGGAACUGGAUUUCAUCUUGCAAUUGUUAAAAUUCAAGGCACUCCAACCUGCAAUUUUACAGUUACAAAACCAGAUAUGACUGAAAUACAUCAAGGUGUUAUAGAAGUUACUCAACAAUGGAAUAGCUACGAUCUGCCAGAUAGUAUAUUUACAAAUAUCACUGAAGAUUUUGUAGCAACUCAUAACAUUGAAUGUAAAGAUGGAAUUAGCUCUCUCUCCUUUAAACUUAAAACUUAUGUCUAUGCUAAAGAAAGUUUAUCAUUUAAUUCUGAUUUCCCUAUAAACUUAAAAGUUGAAAAUAAAAUUUCAAACAUGGAACAAUCGCAGAAAGAUAUAAAUAUUAUAAGUGAAAAUAAAGAAGUUGUCUGCAACUUUUCUUUGACUCAUCCAAGUAAAGCUACCAUUGAUAAAAAUAGAAAAGUUUUCACACCAUUUGACGACUUGCCUAUUGUAGUUACUAGAAUUGGUUCGAGUAAGUCAGCAGUAAUAAGAGCUUCUUGUCUCGAAAUUGAGCAUUCCUUGCCACUAAUCAUUGAUAUUCCUGUCUAUUUUACUCCUAAUGCUGAUCCCUGGGCUUCGGCAAUAGGCGAUCCUCACUUUAAACAAUAUAUCCUUGAUAUAUCAAGCUCAAAGAUUAUCCCUAUAUGUUAUGACGUCACGGGCUCCCCAAACGAUUAUCUACAUAUAGCUGGCUUUUCUGAAGGUGAAAUUAAAAUCUAUGGACAGUUGAAGGAUGAUUAUUACUUUCAUGAACUAAUCAUCAAAUCUUGUGUUGAUAGUAUAACGAUAACAACUCAUGACAUUUUUUUCCAAAAUGGCAGCACAUUGGAAUGGAAAGACAAAUUAACAAAUUCCGUUUUCAAGUCUAAAAUUUUUGAAUUUCAAAUUGUUGAGAAUGAAAUAUUGAUAUCAUUUUUAAAAUAUUCUUUGGUAGCGAUUCAUGUUGAAAAAUCUGUUCAUUCUCUAUCUGAAAAGCAUUUAAAUAUAAAUUUGAAAGUAUCACCGAAUGAUUAUGAGAGAAUGAAUGGACUGAUUGGAGAUAUUGGGAAAAAGGAGUAUACUUUUUAUCCAGAAGUUCAACCAGAUCAAGGCAGCAGUUCAAAACUUGGAUCAAUUCUCAUUGGCAAAAAUUUAGUAACCGGAACUAAGAGUGAUAGAGAUGAAGUUGGUUGUUGGUUAAUGAAUGUUAAUGAUAUUCUAAAACCAUUCAAGAUAUUCAAUUAUCUACAAAAAUCUAUAAAUUAACUUUUAUAGUCUAAAUUUUCCAAAAUAUCUUACAAUUCAAAUCAAAUUAUUAUAAUUCAUUCAAUUUUUUUCUUUAAAUGAUGAAUAUAUAUCUUACAUUAGAUAUUUCUACACUAAUGCCACCUACAAUGCUUUUCCACUGUGAAAUAAAAAGUUAA